ACAACGUUUGUAGCGUGCAAGGAAUGCUGCGUUCGCCUGCUACCGCGGUGAAGACCGCAUGUCUAAUAUGAACGCUUUUAUAUUUUUAUACAUAAUAAAAUGGUUUUAUAAAAUAUUUUAAACCAAGCCUAACUCUUAUUCACUCGACACUGUGUUUACUCGCUUAACGUUUGACUGAGUUUUAGUACAGGCGCGACGUCGGGCAGCUCUUUCCUGUUACCAGGCCAAUUGAGGCGCAACAUGGCGGCAUCGGGGAACGACGAGGAUCCCCAAGUGCAAGAGAUGGAGGAAGAAGAAGAGGAGGAGACGGCAGGGCAGGAGCGAGAGAUGGAGUCCGAAGAUGAAGGGGAAAUGGGAGUAGAGGGUACCAAUGAGGACGACGAUGAAGAAGAUUCCUCUGAUGACGAUAAGGAGAAUGAAGCGGAGAUCCAACGUUUAGAAGAACAGCUUUCUAUCAAUGCUUACGACUACAAUUGCCACGUGGAUUUGAUUAAACUGCUACGGCAGGAAGGGGAGCUGGUGAGGCUGCGACGGGCACGGCAGAAGAUGAGCGAGCUCUUUCCUUUAACUGAAGAAAUUUGGUUGGAUUGGCUGCGAGAUGAGAUGCGUGUAGCAGAAGACGAAGCUGACCGAGAAAAAGUCUGUGAGCUCUUUGAGAAGGCAAUCAAAGAUUAUAUAUGUCCGGAAGUGUGGCUGGAGUAUUCGCAGUAUUCAAUUGGGGGCAUUGGAAAGCCUGGGGGUAUUGACUCGGCUCGCGCCAUAUUUGAAAGAGCUCUGACUGCCGUUGGCUUGCACAUGACCAAGGGGGCUUCUAUCUGGGAGGCCUACAGGGAAUUUGAGAAUGUCAUUCUGCAAGCUACACAGCCCCCUCCUGGUAGUAUUCCUACCCAAGAGCAACAGGAAGCGCUCAAUUCCCAGAUGGAACGAAUCCACACAAUCUUCCGUCGACAGUUGGCUAUCCCAUCCUUUGCUAUGGAGACUACGUACGCCGAGUAUGAAGAAUGGUCAGAUAAGCCUGUCCCAGAUACAGUUGUGCUUAAUUAUAAAAAAUCUCUACAGCAGAUGGAGAAAUCCAAGCCAUUUGAAGAAGCUUUGUUGGUUGCUGAUUCUCCGAAGCUUGCGGAAUAUCAGUCUUAUAUUGAUUACGAAAUGAAAGAAGGAGAUCCAGCUCGGAUUCAAAUCAUUUUUGAGCGCGCUCUGUCAGAGAACUGCCUUGUCCCUGACCUAUGGGCCAAAUACACGCAGUAUCUCGAUCGGCAGUUGAAGAUUAAAGAUAUGGUACUUUCAGCCCAUGAGCGUGCUGUCCGAAACUGUCCAUGGACUGUGGGGCUGUGGAAGAAUUACCUUUUAGCCCUAGAGAGACACGGAUCUGAACAUAAAACUGUGUCAGAUACCUUUGACAAAGCAAUAAAUGCGGGAUUUAUCCAGGCUACAGACUAUGUUGAUAUUUGGCAGGCGUAUCUUGACUAUCUAAGGAGACGAGUGGAUUUUAAUAAAGAGUCAUCAAAGGAAUUAGAAGAGCUAAGAUCAACUUAUGCCCGGGCUCUGGAGUACAUUAAACAAGAUGUGGAAGAGCGGUUCAGUGAAAGUGGGGAUCCCUCCUGUACUAUAAUGCAGAACUGGUCAAGAAUCGAGGCGUCACACUGCAAAAACAUCCAGAAAGCUAGAGAAUUGUGGGAUAGCAUCAUGACCAAAGGAAAUGCAAAGUACGCCAACAUGUGGCUGGAAUAUUACAACCUCGAGAGGUCUCAUGGUGACGUGCAGCACUGCCGGAAGGCUUUGCAUCGAGCUGUGCAGUUUACCUCCGACUACCCAGAGCAUGUUUGCGAGGUCUUGUUGGCUUUUGAGAGAGUAGAAGGUACUCUGGAAGACUGGGAUACAGCCAUACAUAAAAUGGAGGUCAAGCUCAACAGAGUUAAUGAACAAAGAGCAAAGGUGGCCGAGAAAGAAGCACAGCUUGCAAAACAAGAAGAAGAAAAAGCUGAACAAAGGAGGAAGGCUAAGGCUGACAAGAAAGCCCAGAAGAAGGCUCAGAAGAAUGUCCGAGCUGGUGAAAAACGCAAAGCUGAGGAAGAGGAGGAGGAAGAAGAGGAUGAAUGGGGGGUAGAAACAGAUGUGCACUCUGGCGCAACAUUUCAAGAACAACCCAGAAAGAAGCACAAAGGUGACAAAGAUCCCAGCGCCAUGGAAGGAGCAGAAGAUGCAGCCAUGGAAACUGAGGUUGGGUUGCACGGGCGCAAGUCGGAGACGCCAGCUGCCCAGAAAUCGAGAGCUGUGGCUGCGGCUGCCAAGCAGGUUCAACAAGUGGCCCAUGACAGCCGCAAGGACAACGUGACAGUCUUUGUCAGCAACCUGUCCUUCAGCUUGGAGAAUCUAGAAGAGAAGUUGAAGGAGAUCUUCGAAGGCUGCGGUCCUGUGGAGCAGAUCCGACCCAUCUACAAGAGAGGGAUGUUCCGCGGAUACUGCUACGUGCAGUUUGAGAACCAGAACUCUGCAGCGGAGGCACUAAAGCUUGACCGCAAGGAGAUUGAAGGGCGGCCCAUGUUUGUUUCUCCUUCUGUGGAUAAGAGCAAGAACCCAGACUUCAAGGUGUUUAAAUACAGCACUUCCAUGGAGAAGCAUAAAAUCUUCAUUUCCGGCUUGCCGUUUUCAUGCACAAAAGAGCAGCUCGAGGAGACGUGCAAGGACCACGGCAUCAUCAAAGACAUCCGACUGGUCACUAACCGGUCCGGCAAGCCCAAGGGCCUGGCGUACGUGGAGUUUGAAAACGAUUCUCAGGCUUCCGGUGCAGUUCUGAAAAUGGAUGGCAUGGUGUUUCAGGAUCACACCCUUAAAGUGGCAAUCAGUAAUCCACCACGGAGGAACCUGCCUGAACAGCUGGACGCCAGCAAACCCCAAGGAUCUCUGAUUCCUCGACAAAUUUAUGGCGCAAGAGGAAAAGGCCGCACACAGCUGUCUCUGCUCCCGCGGUCGCUGCAUCGGCAGAGUGUUCUGGAAACCAAGGCAGAGAACGGCACUGUGCCGGGACAACCGGAAAAGAGUGGGCUGGAGCCACUGGAAGCUCCAGCACUCAAGCCAAUGUCCAAUGCAGACUUUUCCAGAAUGUUAUUGAAAAAGUAGCUUUUGUAGGUAUUGG